AUGGAGGACUGCGACAGAACUGGAAGCGUUCACCAACAUUCUCCCGGUUUGGAAAUUUCGCUCGACACGGUGUCAACCACGAGGGUUGACAGUCCGGCCCGUGAUCCCAGGACAGAGGUGGACGACGUCCAAGCCGAGAAGCCUCCUUACUCGUACGUCGCGCUCAUCGCCAUGGCCAUAAAAGAAAGCAAAGAAAAAAAACUGACCCUUAACGGGAUUUACCAGUUCAUCAUCUCCAAAUUCCCUUACUACGAGAAGAACAAAAAGGGAUGGCAGAACAGUAUUCGGCACAAUCUCAGCCUGAACGAAUGCUUUGUCAAAGUACCCAGAGACGGAGGAGGUGAGAAGAAGGGGAACUUCUGGAUGCUGGAUCCAGCUUUCGAAAACAUGUUCGAUAAAGGAAACUACCGGCGCAGGCGGCGGGUGAAGCGACCGUAUCGACAGCCCGCUUUGCCGUACGUUUCGCCGGGUGUGAAUUAUUCCGACCAGUUUUACUUCAACCAGGAGCAUGUGUACUGGCAAACGCCGUUCAGCGCAUGGAGUGUCCCCCCGCCCGGUGCGCCCAGCGCGUCUUCGGUGUACAGCUUUCAGCACCUGCAGCCCAGCAGUGGGAACGCGCGUCCUUCGUCUCCGAACAGCUACGCCAAUUCUCCCGUGAGUUACUACCACAGUCACCAUCUGCACCCGUCCUGCGGAGCGUACCAGCGGCAUGCACUUGUGCCCCACAGCGGACGCACUUUCUGCGGUAUCAGCCCUCCAGAGAGUCCCGGCGGGAGCGCGAUUUCCACCAGUAACUACACCCAGCACCAGUAUACUCAGCCUGACCUGGAACAUCCAUUUGACUGAAAAAUUAGGUUUGGGUUAGAGCGAUUCAGAUAAUGCGACGUGUAUAAACUUGCCAGGUCGUUAAACAUGGACUCAUAUGUCCUCUCAAUAAUUGGGUUUAGAUUAAAGUAAAAUAACGAAAUUACAUCUUGCAAAGUAGCUUUGAUCGAGGAGCACUAAAGACACGUGACGGCUGAAAUGAAUGUGCCUUAAAAGCAUUUACCCUUUUGACUGAACUUGGUCUAUAAAUUGAAUCAAUUGAUUGGAUCCAACUUAAAUUAAUGGGGAAAUGCAAAGUAAAUGUCAUAAACUGUUAAGUUCUUUUAUUGUUAGGCGGUUUGUUGAAUGGCAUUGUGAAAUUGUUCAAAUGUUCUGGUAAAUACGUUCGUCGACGUAGAUGGUAGUGGGUUUUUGUUUUUUGGAAUCUGCUAUAAAGGUUAAGAAUUCAGUUAUUUUUCUAUUGCUAUUUAUUUUUCCAUGUUUUUACUAUGCAUUUGAAUUUGUAUUUUAUAUGUUCGACUGAUUGAUUGAUUGAAUUGAUAUUUGUGAGUAACAUAAGUACAUUAGUAGUUAGCUAUAUUGUUGAUUGUGUAUGUUGUCCAGUUGAGAGGUUUUGAUCAAUACAUCGAUUAGAAGUAAUCUGGUUGUUCGGGCAUAUAACAGAAACCCUAAAACGUUAAUCUAAGUUUUAUAAUAAAACAGUUUGCCGAAGAG